UUCCCUCUUCAUUUCCAGUUUCCAGUUUUUCUUCAGAGCCUCUUCUUCUCUGUUACCUGUGUCACUUGCUGCUCCCUGUUUGUUAGAUAAGACGUAUACCAGAAGACAGGAGAGGAGAGUGAAGGUAACGGGGAGGAAGGAAAGAGAUGCUACGAUCAUCGGCCCGUAUAGUUCGGGGGGCGUGGUCGUCUUCCUCGUCUGCCAGUUGCGCAGUACAUGAAUCGCUCAAAGAUUGUCGGCAGCACAGACCUCUUUCGUCUCCUUUCGCUCAUUACCGCGCCAUUUACUACAACAACAGUUAUUUUUGCACCAGUACAGCUGAUGCUGAUACUUAUAGUGUUGGUAGUGGUAGCACUUGUUCAUCUACUUCAGUUUCUGUAAAUUCAGAGCAGGUAUUUGAGAAUGAGAAUGGGAGUAUCGGAGCCUCGAGCAGCAAUUCUGUUCGACGUUACGGCGCGUCUUUGGCGGCACAGGUGCUUAGAAGGAAAAGAUUGGGGAGGCGAAGAAGAAACCUGGUGCUGGAAAGGCAAGAAGAUGGCCAGACAACGGGAAUGGACUCCGCGUAUUCGGCGAUAGAACUGGCACUGGACUCUGUGGUGAAGAUCUUCACUGUCUCUAGUAGUCCUAACUACUUUCUGCCGUGGCAGAAUAAAUCCCAGCGGGAAUCCAUGGGCUCUGGGUUUGUUAUUCCCGGGAAGAAAAUUCUUACAAAUGCUCAUGUGGUGGCUGACCAUACAUUUGUGCUAGUGAGAAAGCACGGCUCGCCAACCAAAUAUAGAGCAGAAGUUCAAGCUGUGGGUCAUGAAUGUGACUUAGCUAUUUUGGUGGUUGAAAGUGAAGAAUUUUGGGAAGGAAUGAACUUCUUGGAGUUGGGAGACAUUCCAUUUCUGCAACAAGCUGUAGCUGUUGUUGGCUAUCCUCAAGGGGGGGACAAUAUAUCUGUUACUAAAGGUGUUGUCUCCAGAGUUGAACCUACUCAAUACGUACAUGGUGCUACCCAAUUAAUGGCAAUACAAAUAGAUGCGGCAAUAAAUCCAGGGAAUAGUGGUGGGCCGGCAAUCAUGGGCAGUAAAGUUGCUGGUGUAGCUUUUCAAAACCUUUCAGGUGCUGAAAAUAUUGGUUAUAUAAUCCCUGUGCCAGUAAUAGAACAUUUUAUAGCUGGUGUAGAAGAAACUGGAAAGUAUGUAGGAUUCUGCUCUUUGGGUCUAUCAUGCCAGCCUACUGAAAACGUUCAACUACGGAAUCACUUCCGGAUGCGCGCUGAAAUGACUGGUGUACUUGUCAGCAAAAUAAAUCCUCUGUCUGAUGCACACAAAGUCCUGAAGAAGGAUGAUAUAAUUCUUGCCUUUGAUGGUGUACCUAUAGCUAAUGAUGGAACAGUUCCUUUCCGAAACAGGGAGCGGAUAACAUUUGAUCAUUUGGUAUCCAUGAAGAAACCCAAUGAAACAGCUUUAAUUAAAAUUUUGAGGGAUGGUAAAGAGUAUGAGUUCAGCAUGACUCUAAGACCUUUGCUGCCACUAGUUCCAGUUCAUCAAUUCGACAUGCUUCCAAGUUAUUAUAUUUUCGCUGGCUUGGUUUUUGUGCCACUCACUCAGCCAUACCUGCAUGAAUAUGGAGAAGACUGGUAUAAUACUUCACCACGUCGGCUAUGUGAACGUGCACUAAGGGAGCUGCCGAAAAAGGCUGGUGAACAAUUUAUCGUCCUUUCCCAGGUGCUGAUGGAUGAUGUCAAUGCAGGGUAUGAGCGUCUUGCAGAACUACAGGUUAAGAAAGUGAAUGGAGUGGAAGUUGAAAACUUGAAGCAUUUAUGCCAGCUUGUGGAGUGCUGUAGCGCAGAGAACUUGAGGUUUGAUUUAGAUGAUGACAGGGUAAUUGUAUUAAACUAUCAAGUGGCAAAAAUAGCCACAUCUAAAAUUUUGAAACGUCAUAGAAUUCCUUCUGCCAUGUCCUCUGACCUUCUUAGCGAACAGAACAACUCGGAGAUUGAGUUAGCUUGCUCAAGCUGAGCUCUCUUUGGAUACUACUUGUCAGUGCAUCAGCUGGCGAAAUUUUGUUCUUAUUUAGUUGCCAUUUCUAAUCUUUAAA